UGCACAAUUUGCAGAGGAGAGGGAGGGAGGGAGGGAGAGAGAGAGAGCGAGCGCUCCAGAACGCAACAGUGCAGGUGUCUACAAUUCUCUCAUUCUGAAAGCGGCGGUCGAGAAUGUCUAGUCGCCAUGAGAAAGAGAAAGGAGUCAAUGUUCAAGUCCUUCUUCGUUGCAGGCCAUUCAACAAAGAGGAGUUGCGCAGCAAUGUGCCUCGGGUGGUGACCUGCAAUGAGUACCAGAGGGAAGUCGCAGUUUCUCAGAACGUUGCUGGGAAGCAAAUUGAUAGGGUUUUCACUUUCGACAAGGUUUUUGGACCUUCAGCUAAGCAAAAAGACCUGUAUGACCAAGCAAUUGUUCCCAUUGUUAAUGAAGUUUUAGAAGGUUUCAAUUGUACCAUUUUUGCAUAUGGCCAAACUGGUACAGGAAAAACUUACACCAUGGAAGGAGAAUGCAAGAGGUCUAAGAGUGGACCUAAUGGACGGCUGCCUCCAGAUGCCGGCGUUAUACCUAGAGCUGUGAAGCAGAUUUUUGACACCUUGGAGAGUCAGAAUGCAGAAUACAGUGUUAAAGUUACUUUCUUAGAGUUAUAUAAUGAGGAUAUUACAGAUUUGCUUGCUCCUGAUGAGAUUUCUAGAGUUGCAGUGGAGGACCGCCAGAAAAAACAGUUGCCUCUCAUGGAAGAUGGGAAAGGUGGUGUUCUUGUAAGAGGAUUAGAGGAGGAAAUUGUGAGGAGUGCAAGUGAGAUUUUUAGUCUACUUGAAAGGGGGUCUGCAAAGCGUCGGACUGCAGAAACACUAUUAAAUAAACAAUCAAGUCGGUCUCAUUCCCUUUUUUCUAUAACCAUACACAUCAAGGAAGCAACUCCAGAAGGUGAAGAGCUUAUCAAAUGUGGCAAGCUGAAUUUGGUUGAUUUAGCUGGUUCAGAAAAUAUUUCUCGUUCUGGUGCUAGGGAGGGUCGUGCAAGAGAAGCAGGAGAGAUAAACAAGAGUUUGCUCACUCUAGGACGGGUUAUUAGUGCUCUUGUAGAGCAUCUUGGUCAUAUCCCUUACAGGGAUAGCAAGCUUACCCGUUUGCUUCGUGAUUCACUUGGAGGUAGAACCAAGACAUGCAUUAUUGCCACAGUAUCACCUGCAGUCCAUUGUCUGGAGGAGACGUUGAGCACACUAGAUUACGCACACAGGGCAAAACAUAUUAAAAACAAACCUGAGGUCAACCAAAAAAUGAUGAAAUCUACGUUAAUAAAGGAUCUCUAUGGUGAAAUUGAAAGACUUAAAGCAGAGGUCUAUGCUGCCCGUGAGAAAAAUGGUGUCUAUAUACCAAAGGAAAGAUACAUUCAAGAGGAGAGUGAAAAGAAGGCAAUGGCUGAUCAGAUUGAACAGAUGGGAGUCGCAAUUGAAACCCAUCAGAAGCAACUGGAGCAAUUACAAGAUAAAUACAAUGCUCAGGUUAAAAAAUGCUAUGAUUUAAGUAGCAAACUUGAUGCCACCCAGAAAAACCUGAACCAAACAAGCAAAUUGUUGGAUAUCACUGAUGAAGGGUUGAGGAGAUGCCAGUAUGCUCUCAAGGAGCGUGAUUUUGUCAUUUCUGAGCAGAAGAAAGCAGAAAAUGCAUUGGCUCAUCAAGCAUGUGUCUUGCGAUCUGACUUGGAGAAAUCUCUGCAGGAUAAUGCUUCAUUAUAUUGGAAAAUUGCAAGAGAAGACACACUGAAUGCUGAUAAUAGACUAGUUGUCAAUGAUUUCCAUACUGAGCUCGUACAGCAACUUGGCUCUCUUUGUAAUAUGCUAACAACAUCAGCAUCUCGACAAAAUGAACACCUACAGUGUAUUGAGAAACUGUGUCAUAGCUAUUUGAACAUUCAGAAUAAGGCUGUCAUUGACUUGAAGAAGAAAAUGACUACUUCAAGGGCGCUUUAUAUUUCUCAUUUUGAAGCUGUGCAGAAUCUUGUUCGUCUGCACAAUGCAAGCUCCAAUGCUGGUUUAGAGGAGAUUUUGGCUUCUAUUUCUUCUAGCGUGAAUUCGAUAGAACAAGUUUUAGCUGGAGAAGUUGUUGAAGCAAAUGGUAUUUUUGAUGAUCUUCAAGGAAAGCUAUCAGCUCAUCAAGGAGAAAUGGCACAUUUUUCCAGAGAACUUCGUGAGAGAUUUAAUGUUAGUAUCGAGCACUUCAGAAAUAUCUCAGAGUUCACUGAUGGAUUCAUCCAUAUGCUUAGUGAAGAAUCAAAAAAGCUGCAAAGUCAUGCAACCCAUGUUGAUGAAAUGCAGGCAACGCGUAUUAAAGAAUUUCAGAAGGCUUACGAAGAGCAAUCAACAUCUGAUGCAGAGAAGCUUAUUGCUGAUAUGACCAACUUAGUCUCUAAUCAUGUUCUUCGACAAAAGAAGCUGGUGGAUACACGGCUCAUUCGUCUGAAAGAAACUGUUGUAGGAAAUAAGACAUUUUUGGACGAUCAUGUUUCCGCAAUGGAGGGUAUCACAACAGAUGCAAAAAGAAAAUGGCAGGAAUUCUCAAGGCAAUCAGAGAAUGAUGCAAAAGAUAGUGCCGUCUUCUCUGCUGCUAAACACUGCCGCGUGGAGUUACUCCUCCAGCAAUGCGAAAACACUGUUGAAAAAGCUUCCAAGCACUGGAAAAUGAUACAUGACUCAAUAAAGGAAAUGAACAGUCAGCAUAGCUCCACAUUGGUCUCCCUUGCCAGGAAUGUGUCAGAUAAUAAUGAGCUGCAUUGUACCGAGAUUGGUUUAGCAAGGGCUGCAGGUGAAGAAGAUGUCACAAAGAAUAGCGAAGAUAUUAUUCGGCACUUUGAUAAUGUAUCGGAACAAGAAUGUGAAUGUAUAAGUGGAAUUUUGGCGGCAGUCAAGGAUCAGGCAAAUACUCUUGAGGUUCUCCGGGAAGACCACUCUGCCCAAUCUGGUUCUAUUGAACAAAAAGCUGUGGAUGCCUUCCAGCAUAAACUUUUGGAUUACGAGCCGACCGGCACGACACCAACCAGAUGUGAGCCGGACAUUCCCACAAAGGGUGCUGUUGAAUCUCUACGAGCCAUGCCAAUCGAGAGCCUGGUAGAGGAAUUCCGAGAAAACCAUCCAUGCGAUUCUUUUGAAUUAAAGGAACCGAAGCCAUCCCUUAUACCACGCUCGCCCUUGAUUCAACUCAAUUGAAAAACAGCAUGGUUGGGCGCUUACUCACAUGAUCUUUAUAUCUGGUUUGUAUUUCCAGUUUGCACUAAUUAUUGCAUAUAUGAAAAGAAAAUAGGUCUCAGGGGCUUGGUAGUGCAGAAUCUAACAUGUCAAUCAAUCCUAUCUCAGCCUAGGCGAGUAAGAGGUACGUAUCAAGGUGAAUGAUGUAGAGUUUCAUUCCUCAAAGUUGCUUGAUUUCUAGGAUGGCUGUUUGGUUGACGUUUAUUUCUCAAGAUUUCACUUUUGCUUUGGCAUCUAAUAACAAGACCGUUGCCCUUUUGUGAUUAGGCCAUAAGUUUUAGUCGGAAAAAAACAAUCUCUUUGCAAAAUAAUCUAUGACUAAGACUUGCUUCUCUUAAUCAAUUUCAGGCAUUGUUUGGGG